GAAACUUUAUCGUGCAGAAUCCCUGGAGAAAUAAAAUGGACCUCUGUGGUGGACUACUCCUGAUUUGUUUUAUCUUCACUGGUAUGGAAAUAUCAAGCGCUAUGAUGAGGAACGAUCGUGCUGAUCAGCCGGAGUGCGGUCGUCCCGCAGCUUCGCAGAGGCAACCAAGGGAGGUCCAACCCAGGCGGCUGUCCUUGGCGAAGACAACUGGGAGAAUUUUCAAUGGCAAACCAAGCAAGAGGGGAUCGUGGCCCUGGCAGAUUUCACUGCAGCUACUACAUCCCAAACUGGGGUUCAUUGGGCACUGGUGUGGAGGAGUGCUUGUCGAGCAGUCGUGGGUACUCACUGCUGCCCAUUGUAUUCAUAAUGAUCUCUUCAAUCUUCCCAUUGGAGCCCUCUGGACAGCAGUAGCUGGGGAGUGGGAACUUGACUCCGGAAACCGGGGAUCAGCUAGAAUUCCAAUCGACCGAAUAUUCAUUCACGAACAAUUCAACAAUUACAUCCACGACAUUGCCCUGAUGAAACUGAGCAGACCGGCUCCCCUUUCCAAGAUCAUCCGAACGAUUUGUCUACCUCAAGCCGAAGAGAAAAUAUUGGGAACUAAUUGCAUUGCCUCUGGGUGGGGCAGAUCUGGGCCCUCACCUUCACUCUCUAGUGCACUAUUAGAAUCGAGAAUUCCAUUGUUGAAUAUUGAGGAGUGCAAGAAAGCCUAUGGAAGCACUGUCCUUCUCAAGAAGGGACAUCUGUGUGCUGGUCAUAUUGAUGGGUCUUCCGGAAGUUGCGUUGGAGAUUCAGGAGGCCCUCUUCAGUGCCGCAGAUCAGAUGGGGUCUGGCAACUCGCGGGUAUAACAUCGUUUGGCUCGGGCUGCGCUCGUCCUGGCUUUCCCGACGUUUACACCAAAGUCCAGCACUACGUCGACUGGAUAAAGAAAACCAUAAAAAACAACGAGAACGACUUGAAAUGAACUUCCUUUUUAUGUAGUUAUAGUUAGUAAAAAUAAAUUCAAUUAAUUUAAUUUCAUAAAUAAAGUACAUAAAUAAGCAAGAAAUAAGUGGUUGGAAUUAUU